UCAAUCAAAUUAUGGAAGAAACGGAAGACUCCAAAUGUAGCAAGACCUGCACUUCUGAGCCUUGGAGUUGCAGAGGGAGGACUCAACCUCACCAGCGUCGGCAUCUACUUCCCCUGCUUCCUCAUUCCUUUCACAACGUGUUUGGGUACCAUGACCGUUACCAAAACUCUCCAGCCCUUCUUCUUUUACCUCUGCAACUACCUGCAAUUUCACCGCCAAUCCAAACCCAGAAGUUUAGAUCAAGAACCCAUAUGCCAAAAAAUGCAUGGAAGCAGAAAGAACCUAUCUGCACCAGCUCCUCCGAUACCCAGGUCUCAGCUUCUACUGUUUCACAAGUAGAGGAAAAAGGGCUUCAACAGAAACAAAGCACGCCAACCAGAGGAGAAGAUAAAAGGGGAGAAACUGCUACUACUCAGGAGGUGUUCGUAGCACCGAAAAGACCAAAUUCUGGUGGGCUAGAAGGUUCUUCGAUACCUCUCCUUGCUAACCAUUUUCUUGUCCAAUUUGAUUCCUCUCAAAAGAUUUUUCAUUAUGAUGUCGAGAUCUCUCCACAUCCUUCCAAGGAAAUCGCAAGAAUGAUCAAGCAGAAACUUGUACAGGACUACUCAGCCGCAUUCUCCAAUGUUCAAACAGCCAUUGAUGGCAGGAAGAACAUCUAUAGCCCUGUGGAAUUCCAAAACGACAAGCUUGAAUUCUACGUUAGCCUCCCAAUCCCCAAGGCGAAAUCCAUUUGGCCAUCAAAUGAAAUCGGUAAUACAACAGAGAAACACCAUGAACUUAAACUUUCCGAGUAA